ACAGUCGGCUACGUGCUGUAGCGGCAGUCGCUACAUUGUUCCCGUAGCACGUCUACGUUCGCGCUACGACUGACUGACGUGCUAACUGUUGUAGCAAAACUCGAAUAUUAAUGGACUUGAAUAUAAUAAUUUUAAUUAUGAGUUGGUGAUUUGAAUGGAGCCGAUUAUUUUCUCUUUGGAUUCACAUUUUAACAGAUGCAAUAAAGAAAGAUGAAAAAGGAGGAACAAAAAAUAUAUCAUAGACGAAGAGCCGCAACAUACUGAUGGGAAAUAAAACUUGCGAGCGAACGUAAAAGGAUUAGAGAUGGGCUACAAAUUUGUAUACGCGCUGACGACAGCGUUGGCGCUUCAAAUAAUUCGGGCGUCGAGGCUGAUGUGCCCAAGUGACCCUAACUGCGUUUGCGGCGGCACGCUCGCUGUCGAACUCGAUUGCAACAUCGACGGACGAACAGUGAAAAUCAAUCUGUUACCAAACACUUAUAUGAACAUAAAAUGUGAGAAUAGUUCAAGUCUCGAUUACAGUAAAUUACCAAAAUGUGCCAAUAUUACUAAUUCAUUUAAAUCAGUCAGUUUUAAAGACUGUCCGAUACCGUCAACGUCAUUCAAAGAUGUACUGACACGUAUGGGAGUGUCCAAAACUAUGGCAUUGAUAUUUCAAAACGCAAAAAAUUUAUCAGGAUACUUUAAUAGGAAGCAUUUUGCAGGAUUACAAGAUCUGACAAAAUUGUUACUUUCUGUAAAUGGAGUGACUCAUUUACCAAACAAUUUAUUCGAAGAUAUAAAUAAGUUGACUUGGCUAAAUAUACGUUCGAAUAGUAUAAAUCUAUCUGAAGAGCUAUUUAAGCCUCUUGAAAGGUUAGAAACAUUAGAAAUAAGUCAUAAUCAUAUGACCAAUAUAUCUUCGAAUUUAUUUUCUCAUUUAUCUUUCUUGCGGAAGCUCUCAUUAUGGCAGAGUAACGUUACCUGGUUCUCUAAAGAUUUUUUCACCGGGGUUGACGUUCUCGAAGAAUUGGAUUUAAGUUCUAAUGGACUUAACGAGCUUCCUGGUUCGAUAUUCAAACCGCUUAAGAAAUUAAAGAAACUAACUUUAUUCUCGAACAAGUUUUCAUCGUUACCACAGAAUUUGUUCAAGAACAAUAUCGAAUUAGAGACGGUCGUCAUUCUGAACAAUGAUGUGAAAUUAAAACAACUACCAAAACAUAUGUUUGGUAAUCUUACAAAUUUAAAAGUGAUUUACAUUCAGAGAUGUGGACUUGAAAAAAUACCUUACGAUGUGUUUGCCGACUCACCAUCGAUUACAAACAUAUCGCUCGCCUACAACGACAUCGGCGUCCUGCCAGAAGCAGUUUUCAACGAUCAGAUAAACCUUCUGGAAUUAGAUUUAAGUCACAACCAACUGAGAGAACUGGAGCCAAAGAUAUUUAGCUCUUUAGUAAGACUUGAAAGUCUUGACUUACGUUACAAUUCGCUCUUGGAAGUCAGUGGAUCAACUUUCUCAUCAUUGUUCAGUCUAAUUUAUUUAGAUUUGGAACAUAAUAAUAUGAAAACAAUAUCUUCGUACCUGUUCAGUAACAAUAAACAAAGAAUGUCUGUAUCGCUGGCAUACAACAAAUUGAAUUUCGAGUACAAAGAAUUGAAUAACAAUUCGUGGGUUAUCAAUAAAAUCUCACCGUUCGCUCAUACAUAUAAUUUGAGAUUAUUAAAUUUGAGUCACAAUGAAUUUAAAAUGACGUUCGAAGAUUGGUGGAUGAAUGGACAUGAUAAUUUGGAUAUCAGUUACAAUAAUAUACAUAAACUAUGGGACGAGGAUGCACAUAAUACAAUGACAGCUCGUUCAAAACGCGGUUAUAAUGAUAUAUUUAAAAAACCAUUGAAAAAUGUAUGGGUUUCAAAUAAUCCAUUAGAUUGUGAAUGUCAGAAUUUUCAAUUUCUUGAUUAUUUGACUGAGCAUUCAAAAACUAAGGUCGUCGAUAUGAAAGAAGUCAUUUGUCCCAUUUGGUCAAGAGAAUCCUGCCGCGUGAGAUUUGUCAUAAUUGCAUCGUUCAUCACAAUGUUCGUUUGUUUGUAUAUCAUAGCGCUAAUACUCUUCGUCGUAUAUAAAAAACAGAUGAACACAUUAAUCAAGAAGAAACUUUGCGAGAGAAAAGAGAGGAAGAUAGAUCGUUCACCACAUUUAAACGAAUCGGACAUAAUGGUCAAAUACAGUGAACACGACGAAGAGUUUAUACUAAAAGAGGUGAUACCAGGAUUGAAGAGUCAAAAGGAAAUAAAAAUACACAUGAAUCCCAUCACAAAUACAAGGAACAAGCAAUUUAUGAGCAAUCUGAAAAUGUGUGUCAAGGAUGCUCACAAAUACACAACAGUUGUCGUGUUUUCCCCAAACUACUUAACGUCAGCUUACAGUCACGUGAAUAUAAAGAAAAUUCACGGUGAAAUGUCGAAAGCGGAAAAUACUGUUUAUGUGUUUGCCGAUGUAGGCCCAGAAAAUUCUAUAUAUGCUUUCUUGAAAGAGCAGAGGGAUGUACGCACAUCGGUGGUUUGGGGUGAAGCGGAUUUUUGGAAUAGCAUUCUAUCUAUCUUGACUGUCGAAAAGCGUGAUGGGCCACGGAGAAAAUUUAAGGCAUCCAGACAUAAGGGUAAGCUGCCACCGAACAUAACGUUCGAAAGACUACCGGAUUGGUCAACUAAUAAUACAGCUAAUACAUUUACUCACAGUCAUGUUUAGUUAACGGCUCUCUAAAUUUUAGUGAGGUAAAGACUGACUUCUCAUAAAUCCAUAAUAUUAUCAGUUUUUAUAUCAAUGGAUAAUUGUGUAAUACGACGGAUUGCCAUUGUAAAAUAAAAUUUGUGUUAUUAGGUAGCAAUUAAAGUAAGCUAUAACAUUUUUGGUAAAGAAUAGCUAUGUGAAAUUUUUACUGGAAUGUUUUAUGGUGUAAAAAUUAAAUUAAGGACUAUUUUAUCAUUUGUAAACUAUAUUGUAGAACCUGCCGCAUAAAAUGUUUGUUUUAUGAAUAUUUAUUAUCUUUUCGAUGCGAACUUCCAAGAAGUUAAUAUGUUAAUGUUUUUCAGAGCUACAUAAUAGUCAAGGUGUAAUCGCAUUUGAUUUAAGUGUAAAUAUUUAAAAGCCAUUAAGUUUCAUGGAAACUGUAUGUUGUUAAGAGUUGUAAACCACAGCUUAAAUAAAACGUAUACUU